AUGGCUGAGUCAGGGCUCCAGAUGGAUGCAAACAACUGUGAUGUUGAUGACAGCAACAGCAAUAACCAUUGCACUAAAGAGAAGCAACUACUGGAUUCUAAAGACACCACAGACAACCAUGUUAGCGAAGAGAACCAAAACUACAAGACAGGAACGAGUAACCUGUCUUCAAAGAACCCUGGUCUUAAAAUAGACCUUGAAGAAAAUAACACUGAGGAUCUCGAGCUAUCAUUGUCAUCUCUGAAAAAAGAUGACAGUGGAGUGGAUUUUGAGAAAUCUCCUGCUAGCAUGAGUGCCCAAGAGGGUACCAUUCUUUCAGAUUGUAGUGAAAGUAUAAGUGAGUCUCUCACUGACAGUGCUGCCUGUUCCUGUACAAAUUCCGUAAGUGAUACAAAAUUUGAAGAGAAAUCUAAAGCCAAUAUCUCAGAUGAUGACCAAGAUGACUUUCCCUCUUUGGAUAUCCAGGACAACAAACUGGAUGACAAAGAGGACUCUAAUAAUCUACAGCGCACUGCUGAAAAAAUGGACUUAGAUACUCAGGGCGUUGAUGAUAGUAAUUCCAAUUCCAAGUCCGAUUCUGUUGAGAAACGGAAACCAAGGCGUGAACUCAUUGAAUCCUCCAACAGUGAUAGUGACAUUGAGGAUAAAGAUGAUGAUGACGACGAUGACGAUGAUGAAGAGGAGGAUCUUGAUGCUGAUGAUGAUGACAAUGAUGAUGACGAAGUAGGCAGCAAAAAGCUCUCUUCUGAUUCUGAAGAGGAGACAGAAAUGGACUAUGAUAGUAGUAAAAUGCCAAAACAUACGUGGAAAGCAAUAAGUGACCUCUAUAGUAGGGAGUAUGGACACUCGACUAAAACUCCUGCAAGCCUCUUCAGGGAAAAGGUCACUUCUAGUUUACAAAUGGUGCAACGUUUCUGUUUGCAAUACAAGAUGGAGUACCAUGAUGGUUGCGUGAAUGCACUUAAUUUCAAUAGAAUUGGUACUCUUUUGGCUAGUGGUUCAGAUGAUUUAAAUAUAGUAUUAUGGAAUUGGGUGCGUAGUCGUCCUGCUCUUGUAUUUGACAGUGGUCACCGUAGCAACAUCUUCCAGGCCAAAUUCAUGCCAUUUAGUGGUGACUGCCAUGUGGUUAGUUGUGCCCGUGAUGGCCAAGUACGUUUGGCUGAACUUUCUCUCACUGGCGUCUGUAAAGGUACAAAAAAACUGGCACAGCACAAAGGAGCAGCACACAAGUUGGCUUUGGAGCUGGAUUCUCCACAUGUUUUUCUCAGUUGUGGGGAAGAUGCAAUGACUUUUGAGAUUGAUCUUAGACAAGAAAAGCCCAACAAAUUAGUGGCAACCAAAGAAAAUGACAAGAAAGUGCCUCUUUAUUCCAUCCACUCCAACCCUGUCAAUUCUUUUGAGUUUUGUGUUGGUGGCAGAGACCAUUACCUCAGGAUUUAUGACAAGAGGAAGAUUGCAGAGAAUAUCAGUGGUGGAGUUCUCAAAAAGUUCUGCCCUCAUCAUUUGAUUGACAGUAGCAUAAAAGCCAAUGUUACAUGUGCCUGCUACAACUACAAUGGAACAGAAGUUCUGGGUACAUACAAUGAUGAGGAUAUUUAUCUUUUCAACAAUUUGCACUCAGAUGAGGCAGACUAUAUCCACCGUUACCAAGGACACCGUAACAAUGCCACAGUAAAAGGUGUUAAUUUUUAUGGCCCCAAAAGUGAAUUCAUAGUCAGUGGUAGUGACUGUGGUCACAUCUUCCUCUGGGACAAAGAAACAGAGUCUAUCGUCCAAUUUAUGAAAGGAGAUGAAGGUGGUGUGAUUAACGUUUUGGAGCCCCACCCAUUAGCUCCAUUCCUGGCCACCAGUGGUUUGGACAGUGAUGUAAAAAUUUGGGCUCCAACCUCUGAAGAGCCCACCAAACUAAAAGGAUUAAAGAAGACCACAAGAAUGAACACAAAACAGCGUGAAAUUGAAAGAGUCCAGGAGCCAGACAUGAUAGAUGGCCAAAUGUUAUGGUUUUUAAUGCAUUUGCAGCGGAGAAGAGCUCGACAAGAUGGUGAUGAUGGAUUGAGCUCCAGUGAUGAUAGUGACUUGGUGUCUGAUGAUGAUGAAGAGGAGUCUGAGAGGAUCCAGUGUUCUCAGUCUUAG